GAUCUCACUUCACUUUAUAUUGCUCUUUGACGCUCUAUUUCCACCGAAUCGUAGACGCUGCUGCAGUUUCUGCGUGGUGGGGUUUUCAAUGGAGGAGGUGGAGAAGGAGACGAGGAAGUAUCCGUCUCUGCCUUCCAACUACGUAACGCUUGCUCAACUCCAGGAACGCUGGCUCAAAGAGCAAGAACGGAUACAGAAAGAGGAGGAGCAAAAAGAGGAAGAAGAACGACAACGAAAGCUUCAGCUGCAAAAGCUAGAGGAAGAAGAACAGCAGCAGAAGCGAAAGCUUGAGCGUCUUAAGGGAGGGCGCGGCAUCGAUUACAAGCCGAUACAUUGGAAUUGGAAGGCAAAGGAGAAGAUUGAACCUAGGGAAGAGGAACAGCUGGAGGUGACGCACCAUACGGCACAAGCAACGCGCGUGGUUGGUGUGAAGGAGAGUGCUCCGACUAGAAGAAAAGGUGGAUCGAAAGGAGCGAAGGGCGUAAUCAGGCGGAUAGAGAACGCCGAUCGAGCGGCUGAGAUUGAACGGAGACUUGGGGAUUUCUCAACGAAUGGCGAUAAGGGGAAUGCCCAUUUAAUAAUAAUCAGUAAAUCGAAGGGAACGACGAACGAAUUCAGGCCGAGGAGAGAGAACGCCGAUCGGACGGCUGUGAAUGAACGGGAAGUUGGGGAUUUCUCAACGAAUGACGUGAAGGACAAUCCUCCGGCUAGAAGGAGCGGUGACUCGAAGGGAGCGAGGAGUAGAUUGCUGUGGACGAGAGAGAACGCCCAUCGGACGGCGGAGAAUGAACGGGAAGCUGGGAAUUUCUUCUUAACGAAUGGCGUGAAGGAGGACGCUCCUUUGAGAAGAAGCGGUAAACUGACGGGAACGACGAACGAACUCGGGCCGAGGAGAGAGAACCCCAAUCGGACUGCCGAGAAUGAGCGGGAAGUUGGGGGCUUCUCAACUAAUGACGUGAAGGAGAAUCCUCCGGCGAUUCGGAAGGGCAAAUCGAAGAAUAAAAGGCGGAUGAGAGAGAACGCCGAUCGGACGGUGAAAAAUGAACGGGAAGCUGGGGGUUUGAACAGCGAGACAACAAUGCUUGAAGCUGGGGACUCCUUAACGGUGAUCGUUAAGCGAGACAACAAUGCCUCGGGAUCAAGAAACGGUGAAUCGAAGGGAGAUUGGAGCAGAUCUAGGCGAACGAGAGAGAAUGCCGAUCCGACGGCUGAGAAUGAACGAGAAGCUGGGGAUUUAUCAACUAAUGGCGAGAAGGGAGAAUGCACCACCGAAUUCAGGCCGAUGGCAGAGAACGCCGAUCGGACUUGUGUGAUUGAAGAGAAACAGGGGGAUUCCUCAAAGAAUGGCGAGAAGGAAGGUUGCUCCAGCGAAUUCAGGCCGUAUAGAGAGAACGCUGAUCCAACGGCGGAGAUUGAACGGGACCUUGGGCAUUUCUCAAUGAAUGGUAAGAAUGAAAAAGGAAACGUUAGAGCGACGAGGACGAACACUGGUAAGUAUCACGGUAACAGGAAGUACAAGGGAUACUCUGUUGCUAGGCAGCGCGGUAACGGGGAGUACAGGGCACAUGGAAAGGUUGGUGGUCAACGGGAAGAAUUGAAGGCAAGUGGUGCUGGAAUGGUCUGGGUUAGGAAAGGAGAGCUUUCUGAUGGUCCAAGCCCGGGUAAUUGGAAUGGUUGAAAUUGUUUUGCCAUAUUUUGUGCAGUAAUGAUGAGUCUGGUAAGAAAUACUACCAUGUCUACUUGCUUUUAAGAUACUUUAAAAUACCGAUUCUAUAAUCAACAAUGCUUUAAUGUUUUAUGGA